GUUUUGACUGAAAAAAAAUACAUGGGAAAGACCUGUGGAAUGUGUGGAAAUUAUGAUGGCUAUGAACUAAAUGACUUUGUGAGUGAAGGUAAAUUACUGGAUACAUACAAGUUUGCUGCAUUACAAAAAAUGGAUGAUCCAUCAGAGAUCUGCCUGUCUGAGGAGAUAUCAAUUCCUGCCAUUCCUCACAAAAAAUACGCCGUGAUCUGCUCUCAGCUGCUUAACCUGGUGUCACCAACUUGCAGUGUUCCAAAGGAUGGGUUUGUCACUCGUUGUCAGCUUGACAUGCAGGACUGCAGUGAGCCAGGACAAAAGAACUGUACUUGCUCUACACUGUCAGAGUAUUCAAGGCAAUGUGCUAUGUCCCAUCAAGUAGUGUUCAACUGGAGGACUGAAAACUUCUGCUCUGUGGGGAAGUGUUCUGCUAAUCAGAUCUACGAGGAAUGUGGUUCUCCGUGUAUUAAAACCUGUUCCAACCCUGAGUACAGCUGUUCCAGUCACUGUACCUAUGGUUGCUUUUGUCCAGAAGGAACUGUUCUUGAUGAUAUCUCAAAGAAUCGCACAUGUGUUCACCUUGAACAGUGCCCAUGUACACUGAAUGGGGAAACAUACGCUCCUGGUGAUACAAUGAAAGCAGCGUGUAGAACUUGUAAAUGUACAAUGGGUCAAUGGAACUGCAAAGAGUUGCCCUGCCCUGGAAGGUGCUCAUUGGAAGGAGGCUCCUUUGUUACCACGUUUGAUUCUAGAUCAUACAGGUUUCAUGGAGUUUGCACUUACAUUCUUAUGAAGAGUUCCAGCCUGCCACACAAUGGAACCCUAAUGGCUAUUUAUGAAAAGUCUGGUUAUUCUCAUUCUGAGACAUCGCUUAGUGCUAUAAUUUACCUGUCUACAAAGGACAAAAUUGUGAUUUCUCAGAAUGAACUCCUUACUGAUGAUGAUGAACUUAAGCGGCUACCUUACAAAUCAGGAGACAUCACUAUUUUCAAACAGUCCUCGAUGUUCAUUCAAAUGCAUACAGAAUUUGGUCUGGAACUCGUUGUUCAAACAUCACCUGUGUUUCAGGCCUAUGUUAAAGUCAGUGCACAAUUCCAAGGCAGAACCCUAGGUUUGUGUGGUAAUUACAAUGGAGACACUACAGAUGACUUCAUGACUAGCAUGGAUAUCACUGAAGGAACAGCUUCCCUAUUUGUAGAUUCUUGGAGGGCAGGAAAUUGCCUUCCUGCUAUGGAGAGAGAGACUGACCCUUGUGCUUUGAGUCAGCUGAACAAAAUAUCUGCUGAGACUCAUUGCUCCAUUCUAACGAAGAAGGGUACAGUGUUUGAGACAUGCCAUGCUGUGGUGAACCCUACUCCUUUCUAUAAGAGGUGCGUCUACCAAGCCUGUAAUUAUGAGGAGACCUUUCCUUAUAUUUGCUCUGCUCUGGGAUCAUACGCACGGACAUGCAGUUCAAUGGGUUUAAUCCUUGAGAACUGGAGAAACAGUAUGGACAAUUGCACCAUUACUUGUACUGGCAAUCAAACAUUCAGCUACAACACUCAGGCAUGUGAAAGGACGUGCUUGUCACUCUCCAACCCAACCCUGGAAUGUCACCCAACUGACAUCCCAAUUGAAGGCUGCAAUUGUCCUAAAGGGAUGUAUCUGAACCACAAGAAUGAAUGUGUUCGUAAAUCUCAUUGUCCCUGCUAUUUAGAAGAUAGGAAGUACAUCUUACCUGAUCAGUCAACAAUGACUGGUGGGAUAACAUGCUACUGUGUUAAUGGGAGGCUAAGUUGCACUGGCAAACUUCAAAAUCCUGCAGAGAGCUGCAAAGCUCCUAAGAAAUAUAUAUCAUGUUCUGACAGCUUGGAAAACAAGUAUGGCGCUACAUGUGCCCCUACUUGUCAGAUGCUGGCUACUGGAAUUGAAUGCAUUCCUACAAAAUGUGAAUCAGGCUGUGUCUGUGCUGAUGGGCUAUAUGAAAAUCUUGAUGGCAGGUGUGUUCCGCCUGAGGAGUGUCCUUGUGAAUAUGGAGGCCUCUCAUAUGGAAAAGGUGAACAGAUCCAAACUGAAUGUGAAAUCUGCACUUGCAGAAAAGGCAAAUGGAAAUGUGUUCAGAAAUCAAGAUGUUCCUCAACAUGUAAUCUUUAUGGAGAAGGCCAUAUCACCACUUUUGAUGGACAGCGUUUUGUGUUUGAUGGCAACUGUGAAUACAUUUUAGCUAUGGAUGGCUGCAAUGUUAAUAGACCUCUUUCCUCUUUUAAAAUUGUUACUGAGAAUGUCAUUUGUGGGAAAUCAGGGGUUACAUGCUCUAGAUCCAUCAGCAUUUACCUUGGGAAUUUGACUAUCAUACUGCGAGAUGAAACCUACUCUAUUUCUGGGAAAAAUCUUCAAGUGAAGUAUAAUGUGAAAAAGAACGCCCUCCACCUGAUGUUUGAUAUCAUUAUCCCGGGAAAAUAUAACAUGACUCUUAUAUGGAAUAAGCACAUGAACUUCUUCAUCAAGAUCUCCAGGGAAACACAGGAAACUAUCUGUGGUUUGUGUGGAAACUAUAAUGGCAAUAUGAAAGAUGAUUUUGAAACCCGAAGCAAGUAUGUGGCAUCAAAUGAACUGGAAUUUGUGAAUUCUUGGAAAGAGAAUCCUCUCUGUGGGGAUGUAUACUUUGUAGUGGACCCCUGUAGCAAGAAUCCUUAUCGUAAAGCUUGGGCAGAAAAGACAUGUUCCAUCAUCAACAGUCAAGUCUUUUCUGCCUGCCACAAUAAGGUGAAUCGUAUGCCCUAUUAUGAGGCCUGUGUCCGAGACUCAUGUGGUUGUGACAUUGGAGGUGACUGUGAAUGCAUGUGUGAUGCCAUUGCAGUAUAUGCAAUGGCAUGUUUAGAUAAGGGCAUCUGCAUUGACUGGAGGACUCCUGAAUUUUGCCCUGUCUAUUGUGAGUAUUACAAUUCUCACAGAAAAACAGGAAGUGGGGGUGCUUAUUCCUAUGGCUCCAGUGUCAACUGCACCUGGCAUUACAGGCCUUGUAAUUGUCCAAAUCAAUACUACAAAUAUGUGAACAUUGAAGGCUGUUACAACUGCUCUCAUGAUGAAUAUUUUGACUAUGAGAAAGAAAAAUGCAUGCCAUGUGGAGAUGAAAGUAUUAGUACUACACCUGAAACUUCUUCACCUUCAACAGUAACAGCAAUGCAGCCUAAAGAAACAAGAGUCUCUACUUCAGUCACAUUACCCACAGCUACCCAACCAACAUCACCUAGCACUUCUUCUGCAUCUACUGUACUGACUGAGACCACAAAUCCACCUGUAACCUCAAAAAUCACAGUCUCAAGAACUUCAUCAUCAUCACCUCUUGUCACAAUAAAAUCAACAACUGAACAUACAACAUCAAUUUUUACUAUGCCAAGCAUGACCACAACAGUAACUGCACCUUCCAUAACUACCUCAGCGAAAAGAACCAUCUUCACUGAACCAAAAUCUACACCUACUGCCUCAGCAACCACUGCUUCAGUAGAGACAGAAAAAAUAAGUUUCACCACACCACUCUUAGAGACUACUGUGAAAAAAGAAAUGACAACUAUCUCAAUACCUUAUACUACAUCUCAGAUCGCAACUUUCAGCAAGCCUGAAUUAACAACAGUAGUAGCUGUAACCCACAAAAGACCAACCACGCCACACGCUGUACCACAUCUCAUCACACAGAAGACCACUCCUGUGACACUGGCCAGCAGCAUCUCCAAGACCUCUGUCUCCACAGAGGCCAGCAGUCCAGAAGUUGCGCUGACAAGAUUAUCUCUGACCCCCAGCUCUUUACCUGCCACUUCAGCUGUAUCUGUUUCUUCCCCCUCAUCUCCAUUCUCAACACGGCUGAGACCAUCACAUCCAGCCUCCAAGACAACUGUGCCACCUCUCACUACUGAGAAGACUACCCCCAUCACAUCUUUCACCAGCACCUCCAAGACCUCUGUCUCCAGUGAAGCCAGCCCCACUAGCAGCCCAGAAAUUCCACUGACAACAACAUUUCCUGCCCCCAGCAGCACCCUCAGCACCAGGCUGCUAACUCCUGCCCCAUCUCCACUCUUCUCCACCUUGCCUCCAAUCUCCAUGCCAAAAACAGUUCCUACAACGCUAAGACCCAAGCCUUAUUCCCCAACAACCAGUGCUUCAACAGAGUCGCUGAUACCUGCAUCCUCCACACCCUCCACAGCCAAAACCAGCCUGCUGCCGUCAUCAGCAUCUUCCCCUUACUCAACUGUAUCCUCAACAGUACUGAGCACAUCACAUCCCGCAACCUCCACCCACAAAAAGACAACUGUACUGCACGUGGUGCCUUAUAUCAUAACAGAAAAGACCACACCAACUAUGUCUACCACCAGCACCUCCAAGACCUCCAUCUCCAGCAAAGCCACCUCGACUAGCAGCCCAGAAGUCCCACUAACAACAACAUCCCCUGCCCUCAGUAGCACUCUCAGCACCAGGCUGUCAUCUCCUGUUCCAUCUACUCUCUUCUCCACCUCACCCUCAACCUCCACUCCAAAGCCCACGUCAACAACACUGAGGCUCAAGCCCUCUUCCCUGACAACCAGUGCUCCAGCAGAGUCACCUACAACUGCAUUUGUCAUACCCUCUACAGCCAAAACCAGCCUGCUGCCAUCUGUUUCUUCCCCCUUAUCAACUGUGUCCUCCACAGCGAUGAAAACAUCGCAACCCACAUUCACUCACAAAAUGACAACUGUGCCACACAUUGUGCCAUCAGUCACCACGGAGAAGACUACUCCCACUGUGUCUGCCACCAGCACCUCUAAGACCUCCAUCUCCAGUGAGGCCAGCCCCACCAGCAGCCCAGAAAUCCCACUGACAACAACAUCCUCUGCCCCCAGCAGCACCCUCAGCACUAGCUUACCAUCCACUGCUCCAUCUACGCUCUUCUCCACAUUGCUCCCAACUUCCACACCAAAGUCCACGCCUACGACCCUAAGGCCCAAACUCUCUCCCCUAACAACCAGUGCUCCAACAGAGUCGCCUACACCUGCAUCCUCCACACUCUCCACAGCCAAAACCAGCCUGCUGCCAUCAUCUGCAUCUUCUCCCUUCUCAACUAUAUCCUCGACAGUCUGGACCACAUCUCUUCCCGCCUUCACCCAUGAAACAACAACUGUGCUGCACGUGGAGCCAUAUAUCAUCACGGAGAGGACUACUGCCACACCUGUUACCACCAGCACCUCCAUGACCUCCAUCUCCAGCGAGGCCAGCCCCACCAGCAGCCCAGAAGUCCCACUGACAACGACACUGACUGCCCCCAGCAGUGCUCCCAGCACUAGGCUGUCAUCUGCUGCCCCAUCCACAGUCACCUCCUCUCCUCCAACCUCCAUAAUGAAGUCCACCCCUACAACACUAAGGCCCAAGCCCUCUUCCCCAGUGACUAGUGUUCAAACUGAGUUCUUCACACCUGCUUCCUCCACACUCUCCACAGUUAAAACCAGUCCACUGCUGUCAUUAACAUCUUCCACCUUCUCAACUAUGUCCUCCACAGCAAUGAGAACAUCGCAACCCACAUUCACUCACAAAAUGACAACUGUGCCACACAUUGUACCGUCAGUCACCACGGAGAAGACUACUCCCACUGCGUCUGCCACCAGCACCUCUAAGACCUCCAUCUCCAGUGAGGCCAGCCCCACCAGCAGCCCAGAAAUCCCACUGACAACAACAUCCUCUGCUCCCAGCAGCACUCUCAGCACAAGUCUGCCAUCUGCUGCUCCCUCCACACUCUCCUCCACAACGAAGCUCAGGCCUACCACCCUGAGGCCCAAGCCCUCCUCCAUGUCAACCAGUGCUCCAACAGAGUCGCCUACACCUGCAUCCUCCACACCCUCCACAGCCAAAACCAGCCUGCUGUCACUGUCUCCGUCUUCCUUCUCAACUGUUUCCUCAACAGCAAUGAGCACAUCAUAUCCCACAACCACCCACAAAAUGACAACUCUGCUGCACAUGGUGCCAUAUAUCACCACAGAGAAGACCACCCCCACCACGUCUUCUGUCAGUACCUCCAAGACCUCCAUCUCCAGUGAGGCCAGCCCCACCAGCAGCCCAGAAAUCCCACUGACAACAACAUCCUCUGCCCCCAGCAGCACCCUCAGCACAAGGCUGCAAACACCUGCCCCAUCUACACUCUUAUCCACCUUGCCCUCACCCUCCACUCCAAAGCCUACACCUACAACACUGAGGCUCAAGCCCUCUUCCCUGACAACCAGUGCUCCAACAGAGUCGCCUACACCUGCAUCCUCCACACUCUCCACAGCCAAAACCAGCCUGCUGCCAUCAUCUGCAUCUUCUCCCUUCUCAACUAUAUCCUCGACAGUCCGGACCACAUCUCUUCCCGCAUCCACUCACAAAAUGACAACUGUGCCACACAUUGUGCCGUCAGUCACCACGGAGAAGACUACUCCCACUGUGUCUGCCACCAGCACCUCUAAGACCUCCAUCUCCAGUGAGGCCAGCCCCACCAGCAGCCCAGAAGUCCCACUGACAACAACAUCCUCUGCCCCCAGCAGCACUCUCAGCACUAGCUUACCAUCCACUGCGCCAUCUACGCUCUUCUCCACAUUGCUCCCAACUUCCACACCAAAGUCCACGCCUACGACCCUAAGGCCCAAACUCUCUCCCCUAACAACCAGUGCUCCAACAGAGUCGCCUACACCUGCAUCCUCCACUCUCUCCACAGCCAAAACCAGCCUGCUGCCAUCAUCUGCAUCUUCUCCCUUCUCAACUAUAUCCUCGACAGUCCGGACCACAUCUCUUCCCGCAACCUCCACCCACAAAAAGACAACUGUACUGCACGUGGUGCCAUAUAUCUUCACAGAAAAGACCACUGUCAUGCCUGCUACCACCAGCAUCUCCAAGACUUCCAUCUCCAGUGAGGCCAGCCCCACCAGCAGCCCAGAAGUCCCACUGACAACAACAUUCCCUGCCCCCAGCAGUGCUCUCAGCACCAGGCUGCCAUCUGCUGCCUCGUCCACACUCUUCUCUACUUCGCCGCCAACAUCCACGCCAGAGCCUACACUUACAACCCUCUCUCCUUCCACAUUUCUCUCUUCUGAGAGUGCUACAUAUUCAUCCUCCACACACAAUACCACAUUUUCUUUUACUCCACCUGGUGAAACAUUUUCAGUAGCAUUUCCUACUGCUGCCUCUGCCAAAUCCUCUCCAGUUGUGAUCCCAAGUCUAUUACCCACCACAAUUAAGUUUGCUCCAAGUAUCACUACUACUGCUUCCACAGAGAUCCCAUCCAUUGAACAGACGUCUAUUCAAACGACGACAUUAACCACCACACAUACCACAUCAUCUCUUUCUGUCACUUCUGGUCUUUCAACUUCCUUGUCUCCUGUUAGGCCAUCAACAGUACCGCAAGAGUUUUGUAAAAAAGUGGAAUACGAAGAAAACAUAACUUACAAAGGCUGUUCUGCAAACGUCACUUUGAGCCGAUGUGAAGGAUUGUGUCCAUCUUCAACAAAGUUGAAUGUUGAGAAUAUGGUGUUCAGUGCAGCAUGCAGCUGUUGUAGACCACUUCAGCUCCAUAAGGAGAAAUUCCAACUACCAUGUGAAGACCCAGAUAACCCCGGCAAAAGGCUCACUAAGGAAAUAACUGUGUUUGGGGGCUGCGUUUGCAACUUUGACAGCUGCAUACAAUAGCCAGACCUUCAGAUAGCUUCAGAUACAGGUGUUGUUUUGUUUUUUAACUUCUUAUUUUAAUUUUGUUAAACAUUAACCAUUAAUUACAAUCUAAUAUUUCCACGUCGAAUGCUCAUUGCUGGGAGUUCUUUGGUACUGAUUAUACAGAUUAACCUUCCAGGGAGCUUCCUGAACAGCUACCUGGAGCAUCAAUUAAAUUAACUGAAUGAUGAAUUAUUCCUAAUCUUGAGGGAAAGGGGUGGGGAGAAAGAGUGGGCACGGUUUAGGAGCAAAGACUGUCAUAGACCAUCUAGCCUUGCUCAGGGCAAUACUUAACUAGAGGCUGAACACUGGCCUGUGCGCUAUGCAGUAACAGAAUUUUGACUUUCAAAUAAAGUAGGAAUUGGAUUUGUUAAAUAAUUUCUUACUGUUUGACCAAUUAUUUUAACUGCAAUUAGGCUGUUAGGUUUGCUACACUUGAACUAGGACCUGUGGAUUAGCCCAUUACUGCAUAAACCAGGAUAAGAGACAAUCAAGGCAAGCCACUGCCUUUCCUCUGAAAGCAGGUGCAGUGCUUGUGCUCAUCUUCUGGAGGCAGCUGCUGUCAGACUGCAAGGUGCUACAUGAGCCAAAACCUCUGUGGGAGGAGGUACCUCUCUGCAUCCUUCAUGUGGGGCAUUUCUCAAAAUGUCAUUAAUGCAGAUAAGCAGUGGCUUCAGGACAAAGAAGAAAUUUGCAGGGUAGUUGUCUGCUACGUUUUGAAGCAUCAAAGUAGUUACCACACAAUAAAUCUAACAGGAAAAAGGUAGUUCACCCAAGAAAUUUCUACUUGCUGCUGGUAGAGAUACUUUUUUUUUUUUACUACUGUUUGCAAUUCAAUUGAGAAAGAGUUGUAUAUAAUUUUAAGUGAGUUUUAGACAACUACUAAGAGCCUGAAGCAAAAUACGAACAUACAAAAAGUUUGAGUGAAGUAUUUAACAGUUCAGGUACUUUCUUCUUUUACAGCCAAGUAACUUAUUCCAAAUCCUGCCUGGGUGUAAUAACAGAUGUGUGCUUUUGUAGCCUCCUGCUUACCCCCUUGAUCAAGCACAGUAACAUGGAAAGCAAUGUAUGAGACACCACCUAAGUUGCUACUUAUGCCUUGCAAUGAAGGGAAACAAGAAAAGAGCCACUGUUUUGAAACAGCUGAAAUCCAGAAAAUAGUUAUUUCAGGUUAUGUUAAAGUAUUGUGAUGAGUUGCAUCAAUUUACUGUUAUAUGCUCAGCCACUGUCAAAUAUACAAAUACUUAGGAAGAAAGAUUCUACAUCAAAUUUUCAGAGUAGAGUGUUUGUAAAAUGACCAACCAACAAACAAACAAACAAAAAACAACAACAAAAAAAAGACACCGUACAGAAAACCCAAACUCAGAUCCACAGGCCAGGAAGACUGAACCAAAACAUUCCACCAGAAGUUUGUAGGAAAGAAUUUACCAUCCCACACCAGUUGCUGUUCCAAAACAUUAUAUUUGAAAUAAAACAACCGUUCUGGGCAAUUAUCCUUUACAUUCCCACUCCCCCAGACAAGAAAGGACAGUCUGAUUACCAUUCUAAUCAUUUAUUUAAUCUUAAUAUGUUCUUCUGAUGAAUAUAGUCUAAUAUAUAGUCUUCUAUAUGAAAAUUCUCCACUUAAUUUGACAGAACUUUGUUUUAUACAAAUAAGACAAUCACCAUAAAUGUUACAUACUGGAGUGUAGGUCAAGAAUGAACAAAUGCUACCUGUUUUGCUAUUCAGUUAUUUUCACACAUCAAUGCCUGAAAAUACUGUACUUGAAAACAAUAACACUGUUUACUGCAGAAAUUACUUUGCCUGCUUGAAAGGAUACAUCACUUUGGUAAGUUAACCAUCAUUCACGAAAAAAAAACAAAAGAAAAAAUCAAGUAUUUACCCUUAAUUUGUUCACUGUUCUGC